AACGUCGUUCGCUCUAACGAAAUCGUUGGGAAUUUACGCGCGGACACCGUACGGAAUUAUCGCUUGUAUAUCCGUCGCCGUGCAAUAUACACAAACGCGUAUCGUUGAAUCGUGUGCUGCACACGACGAGCAAAAGUAAUAAUUUCUAGCUUACAAUAGCUAUACGCGCGCGUGCUGAAUGGAAAAAAGCAAAUGCACCAUGAAAAUACCUAAACCAAGCAACGAAAAUUUCGGCAGGAAAUCGUGAAAAAGUAGCAAAUCUAAAUAAAUAAAAUGUGCGUGUGAAAAUUUCGUUAAUAAUUCAUUCAAAAAUAUUGGUUACCCGUUUAUCAAAAGCAGGAAAUCAGAAAAUCAAUGUGCAGCCCAAGUGGAAAAUGUGCAAAUACUUAAACAUAGUGAGUGCUGUAAGAGAAUUGGGAAAUUUUGCGAAUGUGUGAAAAGUGUGUAGAAAUUUUAUAUAUUAAAGUAGCAGCAUACAAAAUCGAAGCAGUGGAAGCUGCUGGGCAAGAAAGGCAAGCGGCAGGCAGGCUAGUCAGUAGCAUUUACUGCCGGCAGCAGUACUCGCCAAAGGAAUAACGAAAAGUCAUACCGACACACGCACGCACGUACACGGACGCAUAAACGAAUGUGUAUGAAAAACGAACGCGAAACUUUGUGAUUUGUCCCACCUACGCAUUGGAUUUGCAGAUUUGUUUAUUUGUUUAUCAAAACAUCUAAAAGGAGUGUGCAAGUCGCGUUAGUCUACGUAGGGCACCUCUUCGCCCAAGGAAAGUUAAAUGAAAUAUUAGUGAAUCUCGAAAAUCAUCAAUAAUGCAAAAACGCAUUGAAUGAAAACAGAAAUAAAAAUUUUGAGCAAUCAAUAAUGCUGGUAUGGGCAUUUUAGUGAUUUUUCAAAGUACUGUGAUUUUAAACGGCCCAAAGUCAACGAAAAAAAGCAAUUGUAAGGCGCUAAAUACCAACAAUUGUGCUUAAUUGUAUACUGCAAUACAAUAAAUGCAGAAAAAAACAAACAAAAGUGAAGAAUUAAAAGCGAAAUAAGCAAUCAACGAAGUUAUAAAAAAAAUAUCAAAAAAAAAAAUGUAAUAAGCAAAGUUGAAAAUCCAAGCGUGCAAUCCAAAAAUACUUCGCACGCAUAAAUUUUAUGAAAAUCCAGUUUUCAACAAAACUUAAAAAAAAUAUAUAUUCAGCAUAUAAAAAAGUAAUAAUAAACACAAUUGACUGCCAUCACUUUCAACUUCAACACUUUUCAACUUUCACCUAUCACUUCUUCGUCCCGCUGUUUACAUAAAAAGCCAUCAAAAUUAAGUUCUCAAAGCAAAAUCAUCACGCAUACCGUCACACCGAGAACAUCUACGACGGUGGCACCGACACUGACGACGACGAAUGCCCGUUGGAGUCCACCACGAUGAAUCCGUAUGAAUACGAAACGACACUGGACUGUCGGGAUGUGGAUACACGCGGCGGCGGCGGGACAGGCGGUGGUGGUGGUGGUGGCGGCGGUAGCGUCGCCGGCAUGAUGAGUUUACGUCACAAUCCAACGUCGACACAUUCACAUCAAAAUACGCUGCAACAUCAGAAUCAACAAAAUUUACAAUUGCAACAACAGCAACAUCUGCAACAGCAGCAAUCGCCAUACGACUAUGAAUAUCAGCACUUGCCGCAUCGCGCCGGUGAAUUGGCCGCAGCGGCUGCGGCAGCGAACAACAGCAGCGGAGGAGUAUCAACGGCACAGCGCAAUACACAUGGCAGACCAGGCAAGUAGCUGAAAUGGUUUUGCAUAUAAAAAACACUAAAUAUCUGCAUAUGUGUGAGUGAUUGCGCUCGAAAGUUGAAAAGUAGCAAAGCAAUUUGAUUUUUUUGGCACCAAACUUUACCAUAAAUUGCUGGCCUUCACAUUUUCAAUUUUUACUUUCUAAUAUUUUUUUUUUGGUUUUGGGUUUUCGCUUUAAUAAUUUUGCUGCUGUGCCACUCCUGUCAUUGACUGCGCUGCGGGUCGCAUCUAUUGUUCUCACAUGCGUUUUUUUUUCUAUAGUCAAUUGCAGAUUGUCUUUUGUUACUCAGGGAAAAUUUAAUUAAAAGCUUGCAACACCUGCGUGCGUUGCACAUUCACUUGUUUGUGGUAUUUUCGGGCAGUGUCAAAAACGCACACACUCUUCAUAUCUGACAUAUGGGUACAUUUUUCAAGUUUAAUUCAUACUUUGAGAUUCAAUGAUGGCGAAAAUCAAUUUAUGGACCGCGAACUUACUUUUCGGAUUUAAAAAUUGUUUAAAAUAUUCCUUUAAUGGCUUCAAUUGAAUAUUAAAUGAGUGUACAAUAAAUAGUUUUUGUGAACUGAAUGUACAAUAAACAAAACCCCAAAUAAUAAUAGUAAUAAUAUUAGCGAACCAAUAACGCAGUGUAACAAAUAUAGAUUUUCUGAUUGAAGAAGAAAAGCGGCCGCAUAAUCUUGAAAGUACAUCAAGAGUUGCUCAUUGGUAUCAUCCCAGCCCCUUCUUCUCAGCUGCCUGCCCAGCUGUAGUCACUAGGCUCUCACUUUUUUGCUACUCUUGCGGAGAUUGCGGGUUAAAUAUCAAACAACAGAUGAAAUUCAUCAGUAGCUUGAAGCGGUUAAUAUGAACGUAAAAAGCCUCUUUUGGUCGACAUCCUCUAAUCCAAAGCCCCUUUUUCCACCUAUUUGGUUCUUUUUCUUCUUUUUUGCCCCUUGUAUGGUAUUACGAUGGAGGAAUUUUGAUUAUUUAUUUAUCCACGUGGCCCCAUCUCAUGGGCAACCAAUCCUCCUACUAAAAACUUAUUUAAUAGAAGAAUACCAUAAAAUAUUUCAAUUCAAAAAUCUUGAAAAAUUUAAAUCUAUUAACUUGAUUUAUUGACUUCGAACUGUUUCUUGAAAAAAUUCAUUUGGUUAAAGUUCAUAAAACAGGAAAACAUUUCAGCAGCUAUUGAAAAUCGCUCUCAUAUUCCGGCUAAGUUAAAAAUUCAUGCAGCCUAUCAACAAUUUGGCAUCCGCACGCCCACUAAAUAGAAACUUUUGAGCAAGUAUUAGUACCCAGACUCGUAUAAGAUUCAGUUGUUCCAGGAAUUCAAAUCAUUGGACCUUCAUUUGUGUCGCACAUUCGGUAAAUAAGCUGAAAAAUAAAAAAUAAAAGCCAAAUAAAUUUCAGCAACGAGGCUCAUUUCUACAAUAACUAAAAAGAUUUCUUAAUACGCAAAAAACAAAAAAAAAAACACAAUUGAAUUGAAUUCCCGUGUUUGUAGGGAAGGCAGUACUCAGAAACAUCGAAAAAGUUACUUGUGGGUUUUAUUUGCACAUUUUUGUUUUCAAAACUGAUUGUGCUAAGAUUAGCAUGAAUGGCAAGCGCUACUGCCAAAUCUGUUUAGAUAAACUGACCUCACUCUUUGGUGUACCUUUUAUGAGAACACGUCAAGUGAUUGCUUUAUGCUGAUGAACCAGUUGGUGCAAUUAGGCUCUUGAAAACCAACAGUUGGCGCAUUAUUAGCUGGAAAAAGUUAAAACUAAUCAUCAAAAUGACAAUUCCGAACUCCUAACUGCGCUUAUAAUAUUUGAUAAAAACCGAAACAUGCAUUUUGCGCUCACUUAUUCAUCUAAAUUUCAUCAACCUUCUUCAUUACACCAACAGCUCUGGUUGGCUAUAGAUAUCUGCCUGUUGAAGGUCUCAUAAUGCUAUCAAAACGGCGCUUUAGUUCUACUUGGGGAGUGCCAGACUGGUACUUCAACCAUUUCACCUAUCUACCUCACUUGCUAUAGCUUACUGUACCGUAAUCUUUGUUUCUUUUGCAACCUACUGAGUAAACGCAAAAAUAAUUUACUUCUGCUUUCCACAAUUCAUUCUCACAUCAAAAACUUCUUCAACUCGUUUAUUGAACUGGCACUCUGUCUCAAUUCCCUGUCUAAGCGGCAUUCAGUAUUGGGUUGAUGUUUUCUAUUAUUUUAUGCUCUCGAGUAUGGAAGACUACAAUCGAAAUUAUUUGCUUUAGUUGUUCCUGAAUAACCAGUGCGAAAUGCACUGAUUGUUCGUGAAAGGCUUACGAUUGGCUUCGGUAGUGCACGGAAUAGUAUAGUGCAUGAAAGUUUUUCAAAAGACAUCUGCAAAAGGCAACUUUCUCUAAAAGUCUAGGCUAUUUUAGUAUGCAUCAGUAUAUCAUUUUAUUUAGUUUUUCUAUUCAUUAUUAGACUCUUAUUUAUACAAUAACACAGGUUUACCAGAAAAACAAAAUUUAAGCUAAUUUGGUGUCGCUGAACAGUAAAUGUCAAAGAUUUUACCUUAAUAUUAAAGACCAAAGUAUGUCCCGAUUUACACGCAGUGACAUCUGGAAGGAAGACACUGGAAAUUCUCUUUUAAUGCUUCACACCCGGGCAAACUUGUUUUUGACGUUUACUUCUUUGAGACUGGCAAUACGAAUUAGAAGCAUACAGUGUGUCAGCAGGACGGGAAACAAAAAUUCACGGACAAAAUGUUACCCUUCGAAAUGCUUCCCUGUGUAAAUCGGGACUUUGAUACCAUUUUUCUGUUUAGUUUUCCUCUUCUUCCUUAUAAAGUUCUUAGAUGCAUACUACAGAGUCACAAACCCUACUAAAAGAUGCGCUAGUCAUAUUUACUUGCAUAAUAUCUUCCUAUUUUAUUAUUCUUCUUACUUUCCUUCUUUACAAAGUUGAUAAAUUUAUGAAAUUUAAUUUCAAGUUCUACAAAAUCAGUAAAAG